UGGCUUUCUCUUUAAAUAAUGAUGAUGAUUUUACUAAUCAUUAGUAAAAAAGGAGGGCAGAGGACAGGGACGAGUGUAGGCUAGUUUUUCUGAUUUCAGUGUGUGAAAAUGUCUAACAGGAGAACUAGCCGGAGUACAGAAGCCCGCCUGAAGACGGAACCAGACCGCCGGUCCUUCAGGCUCAGUGUUGCCUGCUCUAAACGGUGGCUGCUCUCCAGGUCCCCAAGCAGGGAAGGGUCUCACCUGAGAACUGGAGAGGCCAGGAACCGAACUGGGGACCUUCUGGGUGCAAAGCAGGCGUCCUGCCACAGCACCACGGCGGUUCUCUUGAGAGCUUCAGAGCUCCUUGGCCUUUUUUCUUCUUCCUUUGAGUCUGUGAAGCGACUUUAUCCCUUCAGUGGCCCACUGAGCUACCAGCAGCCAUUCUCCAGGGUCUCCAGCAGAGAAAGGCGGAUGAUGGCUCCCCUCCCUGGUGCAGAACUAGUCAAGAGGCCGCUGCAGCUGUAUCGCUACCUGCUCCGUUGCUGCAAGGAGCUGCCUGGGGGAAAUGUUCAGGAGCACUACAAGCACGCCAUCAGGCAGAGUUUCAAAGUUCACGCAGAUGAAGACAAUCCCGAGAGAAUCCAGCAGAUUAUCAAGAGAGCCAUUGAAGACGCCCACUGGGUGAUGGAGAAAUAUAAAAAACAGAAGUAGAGGACGUUAUGGGAAAGGAGGCAACAGACGAUGGGAGACGACUGGAUUGGAGCCUCUUUUGUAGACCUAAGGAUCAUGAACGCCUCCCUCCGUUCUCCAGCUUGUCUAUUCAGAAGCUUUUUGUGGUCACUGGGUAUCUAGAGGCAGAUAGGAAGCCCCUUAUGAAGGAGGAGAAAUUCUGAUUAAGUUAUGAACGGUGUGAAACGCGGAGCCAAGAUUCCUAGCUGAGUCUACAGGGAGCAGUCAGAUAUUGGGAAACCAUUUUGCAAUCACCAGGAUGUACAGGACUUGGAUUGGAUACUGAAUUUAGUUUCCUGUUGUUAGACGUCUGAGAAUAUUUGGAAAUCCUUGGAUCUAAAGGCAGCUUUUCGACACAAAGUUAUCAGUCCACAUUUGGUGGAGAAAACAUGGCCUAUAAAUAUUUCAAAUAAAUACAUAUAUGGAA